CGAAAUAUAAUUUGGGGAUGGGUCACUUCUUACCAAAUAAUUUGUUGUUUUUGGCUUCUUCCCCCCUGACGCCAUCCAGCCAAACUCACUCACCGGCCGAGUAGCAUCUCUCUCUCUCUUUUCUCUUUCUUCCUAUUUCCAUUCCUCUAUUUAUACUCUCAUUGCAAUUUUAUGAACCAUUCACUACAAACUUUUUUUUCAUUCAUUCUCUUUCUCUUUCAAUCCACAGUUCCUUUUUCUCUCCUUUUUUAUCAAUGGCAGAUCUCAAGUCCACAUUCUUGAAUGUCUACUCUGUUCUCAAAUCUGAGCUUCUCCAUGACCCUGCUUUCGAGUGGUCCGAUGAUUCUCGUCAAUGGGUUGAUAGGAUGCUGGACUACAAUGUGCCUGGAGGGAAGCUGAACCGUGGACUGUCAGUUAUUGACAGCUACCGAUUGUUGAAAGAAGGGCAGACAUUAAAUGAUGACGAAAUUUUCCAAGCUAGUGCUCUUGGUUGGUGUAUUGAAUGGCUUCAGGCAUAUUUUCUUGUUCUUGACGACAUUAUGGAUAACUCCCAUACACGUCGCGGUCAGCCAUGCUGGUUUAGAGUACCCAAGGUUGGAAUUAUUGCAGCGAAUGACGGAGUUCUACUAAGAAACCAUAUUCCGCGUAUCCUUAAGAAACAUUUCAGGGGAAAGCCAUAUUAUGUUGAUCUUCUUGAUUUGUUCAACGAGGUUGAGUUUCAAACUGCUGCAGGACAGAUGAUAGAUCUGAUCACCACACUGGAAGGGGAAAAAGACCUGUCCAAAUACACACUAUCGCUGCACCGGCGUAUUGUUCAGUUCAAGACUGCCUAUUAUUCAUUUUACCUCCCAGUUGCAUGUGCAUUGCUCAUGGCGGGUGAGAAUCUGGAUAACCAUGUUGAAGUGAAGAACGUUCUUGUUGAGAUGGGAACAUAUUUUCAAGUUCAGGAUGAUUAUUUGGAUUGCUACGGUGAUCCUGAAACAAUCGGAAAGAUAGGUACAGAUAUUGAAGACUUUAAGUGCUCUUGGCUAGUUGUGAAAGCAUUGGAACUUUCCAAUGAACGACAAAAGAAGGUUUUACAUGAGAACUAUGGGAAGCCGGAUCCAGCAAAUGUUGCUAAAGUCAAGGCCCUUUAUAAUGAGCUUAAUCUCGAGGGUGUAUUUGUGGAAUAUGAGAGGACGAGCUAUGAGAAGCUUGUAACCUCCAUCGAAGCUCAUCCUAGCAAAGCAGUUCAAGCGGUAUUGAAGUCCUUUUUGGCUAAAAUUUACAAGAGGCAGAAGUAGGUUUACUGUAAGGCCAAGACCAACAUUGUUGAAGAUGCAGUAGAGGCUAGAUAGAGUCAUGUUUUCUGUGUGGAGCUGGUUUUUUUUUUUUUUUUUUUUUUUUAAAAAUCAAAUUUCUUACUGUUUCCUUUUUCCUUUUUAGAGGGGUGAUUAAUCUUGUUGUACUGUAUGUUGUAAACUGCAUUGUGAUUUGUGAUACUGGUUUUUAUUAUCAAUAACAUUUUCCUUCUAGAAGAA